UCACGUCCCCCUUUGCCUUUCAAGCCAUCAUUCUCUCUCAAAGCCAUCAUUCUCUCUAAAUCUCUCUCUCUUUCCCUCCCUCCCCAUUUCUUUUAAAGCUGGUUCCAUAUUCGUAAGAGCUCUGUUCCUUUUUCUUCCACUCUUUGUUCCUUCUGGCUCAUCUUCAUUUUCUACUUCCAGGCGUUUAUAUUUCUGGGUUUUGAUUUAGUUUGCCAAGAAAAAUGGUGGGCGAUGGGAAACCGAACGCUCAAGGGGAACCCGCCUCUUCUGAUUCUGCUUCUGCUGAGCAAAGAAGCAGCAGCAAUAAUCUGCCCAAUUUUCUGUUAUCAGUUAGGCUCAAAUACGUGAAGCUUGGCUACCAUUACUUGAUCUCUCACGCCAUGUACCUCUUCCUCAUUCCCCUUCUCGGGCUUGUUUCUGUCCAUCUCUCUACUCUCGGAGUUGAAGAUUUUCUCCAUCUAUGGAACCAGCUCAAGUUCAAUCUUGUCACAGUCAUUCUCUGCUCAGCUUUAAUGGUUUUCUUAGCCACCCUUUACUUCAUGAGCCGCCCAAGAAAGGUUUACUUGGUGGAUUUCGCCUGUUACAAGCCCGAGCCAGCUCGAACGUGCACCCUUGAGAUCUUCAUGGAGAGAUCAGCACUGGCCGGGACGUUCACUGAAGAGAAUUUAGCCUUCCAGAAGAAGAUCUUGGAGAGGUCCGGAUUGGGGCAGAAGACCUACGUCCCUGAAGCAAUUCUGAGAGUGCCCCCAAAUCGGUGCAUGGCCGAGGCAAGGAAGGAGGCGGAGAUGGUGAUGUUUGGGGCCAUCGACGAGCUGCUGGCGAAGACUGGGGUGAAAGCCAAGGAUAUCGGCAUCCUAAUCGUGAAUUGCAGCUUGUUCAAUCCGACUCCAUCGCUUUCUGCCAUGAUCGUAAACCAUUACAAACUUAGAGGGAACAUUCGGAGCUAUAGUCUUGGUGGGAUGGGCUGCAGUGCGGGCCUAAUUUCCAUUGAUCUUGGGAAGCAGCUCUUACAGGUGCAUCCAAACUCCUAUGCCUUGGUGGUGAGCAUGGAGACCCUCACCCUCGACUGGUACUUUGGCAACAACAGGUCCAUGCUGGUCUCAAACUGCCUCUUCCGGAUGGGCGGCGCCGCCAUCCUGCUCUCGAACCGGUCUGCCGAUCGCCGCCGCUCCAAGUACCAGCUCAUCCACACGGUGAGAACCCACAAGGGAGCUGAUGACAAGUGCUACAGCUGUGUGUUUCAGGAGGAGGAUGAAACCAAGAGAAUUGGAGUUGCCCUGUCAAAAGACCUAAUGGCUGUGGCUGGAGAGGCCUUGAAAACAAACAUCACAACACUUGGCCCGUUGGUUCUUCCAAUGUCAGAACAGCUCCUAUUCUUUGCUACUUUGGUGGCAAGGAAGAUGCUGAAGAUGAAGAUUAAGCCUUACAUUCCGGAUUUCAAGCUGGCUUUCGAGCAUUUCUGCAUCCAUGCCGGUGGCAGAGCAGUGCACGAUGAGCUCGAAAAGAACCUUGAUCUCACCGAAUGGCACAUGGAGCCUUCAAGAAUGACUCUUUUCAGGUUCGGGAACACUUCCAGCAGCUCAUUGUGGUAUGAAUUGGCUUAUACUGAGGCUAAGGGAAGGGUUAGGAAAGGUGACCGAACUUGGCAGAUUGCUUUUGGUUCAGGAUUUAAGUGCAACAGCGCUGUUUGGCGCGCGCUGAAGACGAUUAAUCCGGCCAAGGAGAAGAACCCUUGGAUGGAUGAGAUUCACGAGUUCCCAGUUCAUGUGCCCAAAGUAGCACAGAUUGUUUCUUGAACAUUUUCGUAUUCUUCCGGGAGGGUCUCAUCAUCUUUCUCUACAGAAAAAAAAAAUGAUUGUUUGUGGGAUAUAGUCUUGAGAGGAAUUAGUCCUAAUUGAAAUGUCAAUCCCUUCUGCUGGAAUUUGUUCUCUCUGUAUGCUGAUCAUUUGAAUGUACUAAGUUGAGCUCCUUUAAAAUAGCAAGAUAAUGUGGUAUUAAGAUAAAAUUAAGAUAUUUUUCAUACCAAAAUAUAGAAUGAUCAAGAUAA